AUGUCGAAAGCUUUCAUUGGCAAACCAGCACCAGCAUUCACUGCAACUGCAGUCAUAGAUGGUGAUUUCAAGACGGUCUCCCUCUCAGACUACAAGGGUAAAUAUGUGGUGCUCUUCUUCUACCCAAUGGACUUCACAUUCGUGUGCCCCACGGAGAUUAUCGCGUUCUCGGAGCGUGCCGAGGAAUUCAAGAAGUUGGGNAUUCCAAUUUGUGGACAAACACGGAGAGGUGAGACAAUCGUUUUGGAAUGA